AUGGCAGAACCACAGUUUGACGAUUUGGACACUACAAAUGACAAUGGAGAGAGGGAGGAACUAGUAAAGCACGUACUCGAUUUGCAGACACAAUUACGAGGCAUGCUAUCUCGAGUAGAUGCAGCAAGAAAAGAACAUCAAUCACUGACCACAGAGAACCAACUGCUACAAAAGUACAUUAACAAUUCGCUCACAUCCACAGCCGUAUUUGGAGCAACCAACGGAGCCAUCAAUUCCAACAAUAUGACCUUGCGUCAAUCCAGUGCUGAUUCCCCUCGUUAA